AUGGGCCAACUCGCCUGCAAGAAGAGGGAUGAGCUUCCCCCGUACAGCCCUACCCCAUCCGGAGAAGCUCUGCCCCCUGCGCAGAAAUCAGCUCUCCAAUUACCCCGCAGAUCGCGAAUACUGCGCGUUAUCGGGCUAGCAUGUCUCGCGUUCACCGUCUACGCGCAGUGGAAGCAGAUCAUCCCUUCGACCGAGGUAUCAGGGAAAGGCUUCACGACUCAUAGACUCUCCGUCCAGAAGUUGGAAAAAGACCUUGCAAAAUGCGAGAAGCUGCGCACCAAUCCUAUCGAUCCGCCCGGCUACGGCAGGACGCGCAAUGCCCGAUAUGUUGAUGGCCACAGACCUACCAUCAUCCGAAACGCGACUGUCUGGGUUGGGGAGCCAGCUGACGGUACUGCAAACUAUUCAUGGGUCUCGGCCGAUGUUUUUAUUGAGCAUGGCCUUAUCAAACGCGUUAUGAAAGACAUAUCGAUGUCGACUCUUCCGAGGGAUGUCUUGGUCUACAACGCCGCCAGACGGCCGCUUACCAGCGGUAUCAUCGACAUGCAUAGCCAUGCCGCGGUGCACUCAUUACCGACAUUGCAUGGAAAUGAAGACGUUAGCGAGCUAUCCACAGACAUCACGCCUUAUGUUCGGUCAAUUGACGGAAUUCAACCUACCGAUCACCAGCUUCAAGUCAUCAAGUCCGGUGGCGUGACUACGUCGUUGAUAUUACCGGGAUCGAGCAACAAUAUAGGUGGCGAAGCCUACGCGAUUAAGCACGCUAUUGGUGCCGCUGACGGGAGGAAUCAGACGAGCGUUUUCGACAUGCUGGCCGAUCCGGAACAUACCUGGCGUCAUAUGAAGAUGGCUUGUGGCGAGAACUCUAAGCAGGUUCAUGGUAAAGCCGGAGAGCGUGGUCCUUACAGUCGCCUCGGAGAGAGCUGGGAAUUUCGCCAGGCUUUUGAGCAUGCCGCCAAUAUCAUGCGUGAGCAAGACGACUGGUGUAGUGCAGCGGCUACCAGCUUGGAUAACGUUCAGAUAUACCUACCUAACGAGAUCAAAUGGGAGGCUUUGGUAGCUGUGCUCAGAGGCCAAGUCCACGUCCAUGCUCAUUGUUAUACCAUAACGGACCUUGAAUCAUUCGUCGACCAUACCAAUGAGUUCAAGUUUCCCAUACGAGCUUUUCAUCAUGCCCAUCAAACCCAUUUGGUUCCAGAGAUUCUUAAAAGGGCGUGGGGUGAUAAACCACCUGCGUCAGCCCUCUUCGCUGACAACAUGUGGUACAAAGCCGAAGCCGCACUGGGCUCAGAGUAUGCUGGCAAACAUCUCUAUGAUGCUGGUCUUGUUCCCAUCUACGUCAGCGACAACCCAGUUCUCAAUGCACAGCAUGUAGUAUUCGAAGCUGCAAAAGGCUACAAGUACGGACUGCCAUACCACGCAGCACUCGCAUCAGUAACAACCGCACCAGCUGAGAUACUGGGACUUGGCCACCGAUUGGGCAAAGUAAAGCCAGGCUUCGACGGGGAUAUCGUGGUCUGGGACAGUGACCCAUUAAGCGUUGGGGCCACACCAGUCCAGGUUUGGAUCGAUGGCACUGCUCAAUACGAAGAACCUGUGGAACUCGACAAGAAGUACCAGGGCACUAUUUUGCCAGAGGAAAGUCUCGCCAGCGUCUUUGAAGAAGCUACCAUCUUACGAGAGGAUGUGGUCUUCACAGGGAUAUCAAGAGUUCUUCACUCCACUGAGAUAGAUGGGUUCGCAAGCGACGGCGAAACCUACAACGUGGCUGUAUCCAGCGGCAAGAUCGUUUGUGUUGGAAGCUGCAAUGCCCAGCUGGAUAAAGCAUCUAUCUCUGACGGCGCGGUUAUUCGUCUCAAGAAUGGAUAUCUUGCACCAUCACUGACUGCAUUUGGUUCGACAAUCGGGCUUAACGCCAUUGACACCGAACGAGAUACGGACAAUGGUGUGGACGGAGGCGAGUUCAGCCGUGGUAUUGAUGGUCUCGCCCUUGAUACCGAGAAGCUUCACGUCGCUCACCGCUACGGGGUGACUCGCGCCAUCUCAGCCCCAAAGUUCUCCGACCUAGGAACACAUCACGGCACAAGCGCGGCUUUUCUCACUGGUGCCAAAACUAUCCUUGACCCAGGCUCCGUGCUUGCCCGAGACGCUGCGGUGCACUACACGCUGGAUUCAUCUGCUAAACGUGGCACCAACGGAGUUUCGUCCAUGUCUGCUGCCGUUGGAGAGCUUCGUUACAAACUCCUCAAGGCCGCUACGUCUUUGGCUGCCGACGAGAAAAUAGUUGUGGAGGAUAGUUACUCGGAAGCUUCAUUUCUUCGAAAGGUCGUGAAAGGCGAAAUAGCACUCACCGUGACCGUUCACAGUGCGGACACAACUGCAGCCUUGUUGGACAUCAAGAAAAGUGUUGAAGAAACAAUCUCACGACUUACUAAUAAAAGCGUCAAGCUCCGCUUUGUAGUCAACGGGGGCGCUGAGGCUCACCUAGUCGCAGAUGCGUUAGCGGCUGCUGGUGUGGGUGUGGUGUUGGCGCCUAUGCAGUCGUUCGCAGUAUCAUGGGACCAACGAAGAGCUCUUACAGGAGCACCUUUGACUAACGGCACGGCCAUUGAUGUGCUCACCCGUGCAGGAGUUAUCACUGCUAUUGGCUUGGAAGAAGAUUGGAUCGUCCGAGAUCUUGCGCUACUUGCGGGCGUUGCGUACCGAAACAGCGAAGGACGUCUCACUGAAAGGGACGCCCUGGACCUCGCCAGCAGGAAUAUAUACAGAAUGCUUGGGUUGGAAUAUGAUCUCGAGCAAGACCACUUCGUAAUACACGAAGGAAGCCCUUUGGAGAUUGGGUCAAGGGUCAGGGCGGUUAGUGACGGCACGGGUAAGCUGUCGGUCAUGUAA